ACAUCCGGCGUACAUCAAAAUUCUCGUGCUCACGGGGGAGCGCAUGCAGCACGAGGAGCUGCAGAACAUUGCGAUUCGCCUAACGACUUGCUCCCUUCCUUGACAGCUCUUGUAGACAAAAGUGACAUUAAGGCCUGAAACAGCAAUGGCGACGUCCGGCAGCGACGGCAAGGCCCUCAUAGAUGUGGUCGUUGAGAACCAAGUGUUCCAGGCUGAGAGGGCGCUGCUCGUCAAGUACAGCAUUUUCUUCCGGGAAUGUCUGGCGCAAGAUAAGAACAAGAACAAGAGCAAGCUGAAGCUAUCUGGCAUUUCUGCUGAAACCUUCAAUAUUCUGCUCAACUACAUGAAGACCGGCCACCUGAGCAUAACACCAGACAACGCUUCGGACAUAUUCAACGCUGCACUGCGCCUCCAUAUGUCCGAUGUAGUCAAAAGGUGCAUUAAGAUGGAAGCGGAGGCCAUCCCGCUCGGCGAGCAUGUGUUGAAGUAUUCAGCGGCGCGGAGGCUUCAGCUGCGGGAGGAAGAACAACGCGCCUUCAAUUAUUUGACCGCCAAUUUUCUAUCAGUUUCCACUACCAAGGAGUUCCUUGAUAUGAAUGUUGAUGAUCUUGUGCAGCUCAUGUCAGCGGAAUCACUGGGAUGUAAUUGCGAAUACGAAGUCUUUGAAGCUGGAAUGCGUUGGUUAAACUACAACCCAGGAGUGCGCUAUAAGUACGGUGACCAAAUCAUGUGCUUGGUGUUGUUCCACAAUAUGAAUCUCGGCGAAUUGCAUCGGUGCCACGAGGACCCAACAGUUGCACAGAUGCCUGAAGUCCGCCACCGAAUUCUCGCUGCUAUAAGUUCCUGGCUCACCAAUGAGAAAUGGAGGAACGAUGUCGAAAUGGAAGGGCCCCGAGCGAAAGCCACUUCGGACGAAACCUCGUCUGUAACUCGAACGGCUGACGUUCAAUCCUCAGGCGCGGGCACAAGUGAUGCCGACACAUCGUCCAACCCGUCUUCCCUGGACCAUCCGAAAAAUGCGGGAACAGGAACGCUGAUCAUCAAUGACCCUCCUGUGGGCGGCCAACGUGGUUUCAGAGGCGGCAACGAAGGCGAUGAAGCAGGACCGAGGGAAGCCAGCUUCAUGUCGGGGACACGGCCGAAUAACUUAUUCAUGGGCAGUUCGCAGUUCAUAAGUCGGUCUGGUGACCCGCGCCGACCCCCUGCAAGCAACGCCAACGAAGUGGCUGACACUUCUGGAUCGGUCAUCGAAGAAAUGGAAGAGCGACGCAUAACAGAGUGCCGUACCGAGGAAGUUCGAACCAUCCGCCGUAUAAGAAGAACUAAGUCUAGCGCUAAGACGGAGAUAUACGGGGAUGAAAACGUUUGGGUCAAGAGGGACGUUGGCAGCACGUUGACCGUGAGAUACCAGGGGCCUGGUCUGCUUCCCGAACAGGCCGUACCCAUGCCCAGUGAAGAGUUUGUUCGUGCAGCGACAAGUCUACUUGAAAGAGCUAUGAGUGACACCAGAGGUGCAGCGCGAGAAACAGUCCAAGAGGAGAUACCUCUCGUGGAAGUCACUGAAGUAUCUGGUACAAGAAGCUAUGAGUCGUCGGAGCGUCGAGGAGAAAUUAAGAGCGUGUCUCACGUGGGUGCUUCCUAUGCUGCCGAAGUACCUUCCGGAGUACCUUCCACUGUUUCGGUAGGGGGGAUGCGUGGCAUGUCAGAAAAUGCAGAAAUAGCUGUAUCGGGACCUCGGAAGCUGAUGGAUAUUCCGUCUCCAUCUCUGUUUAGCCUCCCAUUGGAUGGCUCUAGCUCUGAUAGACUGAUCGAACAGAGCUCCGGAUUCGAAGGCAGGGCACCGACGUCCGAGGAUGCUACAGCUGCAUCGCUAGAGAGCAUUGAACGGCUUCCAUGCUCGACAAAGGGUAGUUCUCUUGAGGUAGAACACCAACAAUCAACUGGGACUCUCGUGCCGAUAACAUUUCCGUCGUUCGUCGCACAUCAACCAGUGCUGCUGUUCAGCGCUGUAACUCGAGAAAGAACGGAGGAACAUUACAUUAGAUAUCACGAAUUUCAAUCCGAGCAUGUGCAUGCUGAAAUUACCUCUGCUGUACCAGUUCAUGGUACCGCAUACGAAGCAGUGGAGCCCCGUGUGUUCGGUGCCCCCCAGGUUGCCCUACCGUCUUUUAUAGCGCAUCAGCCUGUUUACCUUUUUCCUACAUUAACGCCGGAAAAAUAUGCUGAAGGACGCUUGACAACGGUAAAACUAGCAACUCGGCCCCUCGAGACAACACCGUUGCCGUCGCUUCUAGCACAUCAACCCGUGCUCCUGUUCAGCGUUGUAGCUCAAGAAGGAACGGAGGAGCAGGGUACUGCGUACGGCAUGCUACAAACCCAGUUGGCGGCUCCUGAGGCUCCUUCGGAUGCACCAGUUCAAGCAAUACUGGACGGCGCAGGUCAUUGGGAGGGAUAUCGUUCUGAUUUGACAGCAACAGAACCAAAUUUAUUUCGCGUCUCUGGGACUACACUGACGUCGUUUCUUGCACAUCAGCCUGUACAACUUUUCUUUGUUUCAACUCCAGAAAAAUAUCGGAAGAAAAGCGUUCCAACCACGGUAGGGUCACCUGAUGUGGCCAAGGUUUCGCAAGAGGCCGUCACGACAUCUCUAGGGAUAGAAACGAAACACGUGCCGGACGCUAAAAGUGCCGUCACGCAUGCUACAGCGGUACCACAUGCCAUCCCGCCUCCAAUAGAUAUGACCGCAGAACUAAUUAGUUCCUCGGAGGAUGGAGCUAAAUCAAUUUCCCCUGAGCUCGCCAAACAAAUUUUGCCGUCUUCAGUAGCACAUCAGGUGUACAAAGAGGUGGUUGCACAGGAGGUCAUAAAAGAGCCUACAGCGCUCAGUGUGGCAGUCAGUGAACAUCCAUCCACAGAGGCAACAACAGAGCAGGGACUAGGAGAGCUUUCCGAACGUAUUGUGCCUACUGUUUCCAUAAGCUCUUCAAUUGAACAUACUGCGCGAUUGCCUGCUGAGGUGCUAGAACUUGAACCAGCUCUAGAACAACGGCCAUCAUUGUUGGCGCAUCAACCUCUCUUUCUGUUUCCUUGUGAAACGCCACGCAUUAGUGAGGCUAAGAAACAAGCGGUCUCCCCUGAGCUCGCCGGACAAAUUUUGCCGUCUUCAGUAGCACAUCAGGUUUACAAGGUGGUUGCACAGGGGGUCAUACAAGAGCCUACAGCGUUUAGUGUGACAGUCAGUGAACAUCCAUCCACAGAGGCAACAACAGAGCAGGGACUAGGAGAGCUUUCCGAACGUAUUGUGCCUACUGUUUCCAUAAGCUCUUCAAUUGAACAUACUGCGCGAUUGCCUGCUGAGGUGCUAGAACUUGAACCAGCUCUAGAACAACUGCCAUCAUUGUUGGCACAUCAACCUCUCUUUCUGUUUCCUUGUGAAACGCCACGCAUUAGUGAGGCGAAGAAACAAGCGGUCUCCCCUGAGCUCGCCGAACAAAUUUUGCCGUCUUCAGUAGCACAUCAGGUUUACAAGGUGGUUGCACAGGGGGUCAUACAAGAGCCUACAGCGUUUAGUGUGACAGUCAGUGAACAUCCAUCCACAGAAACAACAACAGAGCAGGGACUAGGAGAGCUUUCCGAACGUAUUGUGCCUACUGUUUCCAUAAGCUCUUCAAUUGAACAUGCUGCGCGAUUGCCUGCUGAGGUGCUUGAACUUGAACCAGCUCUAGAACAACGGCCAUCAUUGUUGGCACAUCAACCUCUCUUCCUUUUUUCCUUUGAAGCACCACAAACUAGUGAGGUGGAGAAACAGGCAAUUUCCCCUGAGCUCGCCGAGCAAAUUUGGCCGUCUUCAGUAGCACAUAAGGUGUACAAGGAAGUGGUUGCAAUGGAGGCCCUACAAGAGCCUGUAACGGUCAGUGCGAUCGUCGGUGAACAUCCAUCCAUAGAAGCAACAACAGAGCAAGGGCUAGGAGAGGUCUCUGAACGUAUUGUGCCUACUGUUUCCAUAAGUUCUUCAACCGAGCAAGUUGCGCAAUAUCCUGUUGAGGUGUUAGAACUUGAACCAGCUCUAGAACAACGUCCGUCAUUGUUGGCACAUCAACCUCUCUCCCCUUUUUCCUUUGAAGCACCACAAAUUAGUGAGGUGAAGAAACAGGCCAUUUCCCCUGAGCUCGCCGAGCAAAUUUGGCCGUCUUCAGUUGCACAUAAGGUGUACAAAGAGGUGGUUGCACAGGAGGUCAUAAAAGAGCCUACAGCGCUCAGUGUGACAGUCAGUGAACAUCCAUCCACAGAAGCAACAACAGAGCAGGGAAUAGGAGAGGUCUCUGAACGUAUUGUGCCUACGGUUUCCAUAAGUUCUUCAACCGAGCAAGUUGCGCAAUAUCCUGCUGAGGUGUUAGAACUUGAACCAGCUCUAGAACAACGGCCAUCAUUGUUGGCACAUCAACCUCUCUUUCUUUUUUCCUUUGAAGCACCACAAAUUAGUGAGGUGAAGAAACAGGCAAUUUCCCCUGAGCUUGCCGAGCAAAUUUGGCCGUCUUCAGUAGCACAUAAGGUGUACAAGGAAGUGGUUGCAAUGGAGACCCUACAAGAGCCUAUAACGCUCAGUGCGAUCGUCGGUGAACAUCCAUCCACAGAAGCAACAACAGAGCAAGGGCUAAGAGAGGUCUCGGAACGUAUUGUGCCUACUGUUUCCAUACGCUCUUCAAUCGAACAAGUUGCGCAAUUGCCUGCUGAGGUUGUAGAGCCUGAACCAGCCCUAGAGCAACGGCCAUCAUUAUUGGCACAUCAACCUCUCUUUCUUUUUUCCUGUGCAACGCCACAAAUUAGUGAGGCGAAGAAACAGGUAGUCUCCUCCGAGCUUGCCGAGCAAAUUUGGCCGUCUUCAGUAGCACAUAAAGUGUACAAGGAGGUGUCAAUGGAGGCCCUACAAGAGCCUACAGCGCUCAGUGCGAUCGUCGGUGAACAUCCGUCCAAAGAAGCAACAACAGUGCAAGGACCAGGAGAGCUUUCAGAGGGUAUUGUGCCUACUGUUUCAAUAAGCUCUUCAAUUGAACAAGUUGCGCGAUUGCCUGCUGAAGUGCUCGAACUUGAACCAGCCCUAGAGCAACGGCCAUCAUUGUUGGCACAUCAACCUCUCUUUCUUUUUUCCUUUGAAGCACCACAAAUUAGUGAGGUGAAGAAACAGGCAAUUUCCCCUGAGCUCGCCGAGCAAAUUUGGCCGUCUUCAGUAGCACAUAAGGUGUACAAGGAAGUGGUUGCAAUGGAGACCCUACAAGAGCCUAUAACGCUCAGUGCGAUCGUCGGUGAACAUCCAUCCACAGAAGCAACAACAGAGCAAGGGCUACGAGAGGUCUCGGAACGUAUUGUGCCUACUGUUUCCAUACGCUCUUCAAUCGAACAAGUUGCGCAAUUGCCUGCUGAGGUUGUAGAGCCUGAACCAGCCCUAGAGCAACGGCCAUCAUUGUUGGCACAUCAACCUCUCUUUCUUUUUUCCUGUGCAACGCCACAAAUUAGUGAGGCGAAGAAACAGGUAGUCUCCUCUGAGCUUGCCGAGCAAAUUUGGCCGUCUUCAGUAGCACAUAAAGUGUACAAGGAGGUGUCAAUGGAGGCCCUACAAGAGCCUACAGCGCUCAGUGCGAUCGUCGGUGAACAUCCGUCCAAAGAAGCAACAACAGUGCAAGGACCAGGAGAGCUUUCAGAGGGUAUUGUGCCUACUGUUUCAAUAAGCUCUUCAAUUGAACAAGUUGCGCGAUUGCCUGCUGAAGUGCUCGAACUUGAACCAGCCCUAGAGCAACGGCCAUCAUUGUUGGCACAUCAACCUCUCUUUCUUUUUUCCUUUGAAGCACCACAAAUUAGUGAGGUGAAGAAACAGGCAAUUUCCCCUGAGCUCGCCGAGCAAAUUUGGCCGUCUUCAGUAGCACAUAAGGUGUACAAGGAAGUGGUUGCAAUGGAGACCCUACAAGAGCCUAUAACGCUCAGUGCGAUCGUCGGUGAACAUCCAUCCACAGAAGCAACAACAGAGCAAGGGCUACGAGAGGUCUCGGAACGUAUUGUGCCUACUGUUUCCAUACGCUCUUCAAUCGAACAAGUUGCGCAAUUGCCUGCUGAGGUUGUAGAGCCUGAACCAGCCCUAGAGCAACGGCCAUCAUUGUUGGCACAUCAACCUCUCUUUCUUUUUUCCUGUGCAACGCCACAAAUUAGUGAGGCGAAGAAACAGGUAGUCUCCUCUGAGCUUGCCGAGCAAAUUUGGCCGUCUUCAGUAGCACAUAAAGUGUACAAGGAGGUGUCAAUGGAGGCCCUACAAGAGCCUACAGCGCUCAGUGCGAUCGUCGGUGAACAUCCGUCCAAAGAAGCAACAACAGUGCAAGGACCAGGAGAGCUUUCAGAGGGUAUUGUGCCUACUGUUUCAAUAAGCUCUUCAAUUGAACAAGUUGCGCGAUUGCCUGCUGAAGUGCUCGAACUUGAACCAGCCCUAGAGCAACGGCCAUCAUUGUUGGCACAUCAACCUCUCUUUCUUUUUCCCUGUGCAACGCCACAAAUUAGUGAGGCGAAGAAACAGGCAGUCUCCCCUGAGCUCGCCGAACACAUUUGGCCGUCUUCAGUAGCGCAUCAAGUGUACAAAGUGGUUGCACGGGAAGUCCUACAAGAGCCCACAGUGCUCAGUGCGACCGUCAGUGAACAUCCACCAGCAGAUGCAGCAGAUGAGGCAGCAGAGCAAGGACUAGGAGAGCAUCUAGAACGUAUUGUGCCUACGGUUUCCAUAAGCUCUUCAACUGAACAAGUUGCACAAUUUCCUGCUGAGGUGUUAGUGCCUGAACGAACUCUAGAACAACUGCCAUCAUUGUUAGCACAUGAACCUCUCUUUCUGUUUCCUCGUGAAGCGCUACAAAUUAGUGAUCACAAGGUCAGUCUGGAAAGCACAGAAGCAAACCGAACAUUCGAAAUGCCCGUGGCUUUGAAAGUAUCAAAAGAGGUUCUCGGAAAACCAGAGGAGGCGACUGCAGUUACCAUAAGUUCUUCCGACCACCUACUUGCGCCAUUCAUCGACGGGAGUGGUGUGUUCCAGCCAGCUCGAGGAAUUCUGCCUUCAAGAGUGGCACACCAACCUGUCAUGUUAUUUGAUUACAAACCUCAAAUCCAUUCAGAGGCCCGCCCUAUCAGUUCUUCCGCCCAACAGAUUGUGCCGUCGAUCAUUGCCGAGGAACAAGAAUUUGGGCAAGUGCAGAAAGUUCAACCUUCCUUAUUAGCACACCGGCCUGUCAUGAUCUUCUGCGAGUCUGCUUAUGCAACAUCUGCGAAAGAUCUCCGUACUGCACCUCCGGAGGAACCUGCACUCGAGAAGAGACACGAUAGCACGGCGUCUGUCAGCAACGUUGGUUACGUUGUACCAUAUACGACAGAUGAGGCGUAUCACGAACACGCACUUCCAUCCUUGCUAGCGCAUCAACCUCUGCUGCUAUUUUCUCGCAAAAUAUUGCAAGUUGCAGCGCCUCCACUCGACCGACGUGAACCGGACUCACCCAAAUCGACACCUACAGUCUCUGACUGGCACGAACAAGAUAGUGGAAGCUUACCCACGUCGCCUGAAGAGACGCCUGCAAUAACCUUUGACCGAUAUGACACAGACGAUGGAAGGCCAUCAGCUUUGGCUGCCAUAACAGAAGAGCAGCACAUGCCAGCAAUCGCCUUCGAUCGACCUGCGCUAGCUACUGCUGAAGGGCUUGGGGCCGAUCAAAUAGAUGCGCAUAAUCUGUCCCUGGUAGCCCAUACCCCUGUCAUGUUGUUCCAUUAUGAAAGUCCACGCGUGCAAGAGAAACCAAGUGGGUCGGCUGAUUUGCUCACUGCCGAAGGCGUGAUCGCUUUCCCAGGGGGGUUCUCAUCAGAAGUACACGCAUUGGACAAAGAGGAAGAGCCACCGCAAAUUGCCCAGGAGCAAAAGGAAGGGCUGCUACCUUUGACUGAACUGAUGACAGAAGUUCCAGCCUUGGCGUACAGUCCGCAGCCCCCUGCAUCACCUUUGUCGAACGAGGUACCUCCAAAAACAGAUGGCAUAAUAUCAGAAAUGGCAACGUCGGAACUCCGUCCUCCGUUCAUGGUUGAGAAAUCAGCGUCAGAAGAAAUCCAUCCAACGUUGUUGGCACAGCAGUCUGUCACGUUGUUUCCGCAUGCAGCGUUCCAACCGAAGGGUACGCUACCCGACUUAUCCGAACCGUUAAGCACCGAAGGACCGGGUGAAACUGGUGAGAGAACUAUUGAAGCAGAACCGCAUACAGCUCUACCUCAGUUAACAGCUGAGGCCAGCAGUAUGUCCGAAAUAUUGGACACCAGAGGCCCGUCCUCUGCUUCUCAAUUACCACGGGAGAUAGUGAGCGUCAAGAGUGAAGGUGCUUCUAUGCCAGAAGGUUGGCCUCCACGAAUUGCCGGUGAGUCUUUGUCAAGUCCAGGAUCAGGCAGUGUCUCUGACACCAGUACACCACGAGUAUCGCACGUGACCAAGACCUCUUUGGCGGAGUAUCGGCCAUUGUUCUUGUCUUCUCCUGUACCACAAGAGGGGCCACAAAGCAGCACUUCGCUUGGAGGUACAGAAGAGAUUGCGGCAGCUUUGAGAGAGUACGACAUAAGCGAUCUUUCUAGAAGACAACAUGAAACUGUGAGCGAGGACGGGACGGUACCGACAGGAGUAGCGCAGACCGCAGGCGGCAGGACCUCCCUCAUCGGAUCUGUCACUCAGGGAGUCGUUGCCGCUGAACUUGUUUCGACGACUGUGCUAGAAUGGGCACCUCCCGGACUUCCAACCAGGAGGCCAUGGGAAGCUUCCUCUAAAGAAACCGCACCGGUUUAUGAUGGACUUACACCUGUAAAAGAUGCCAUCAUGAGCGACACGAAAAGCUCGCACGCGUUAGUCCCAUACAUGAGCGAACAAAUGUGUCUUGCACCAGGUGCGCCCCAUGCACUUCACGAUGAGAGGUCGCAGUCUUCAGACGGUAGGCUCGUCGAUAGUUCCGGAGGAUUUGAGGACAAGCGCUUGGAAACCGGACCGGGAACGACGGACGUGUCAGAAGUAAUUCUACCACAAGCAGUCGUGCCGAAACAAGAAAGCGAAGAACUAAGCGAGAAGCCAUUGCCGGCUGUGGUGACUCAUGUCGACGACACCCAUGAAACGUCACUUGUCCCUAUGGGUGAAGCAGCUACAGAUACUCUUCAGGGGCGAUUACAAGAAACCCAGUUAGUAUCACUCGAGCCUAAACAACGCACUACCGAAGGCCAAGGUACGGUACCGUGUGAAGCGAAGUAUGAAGCACGACCGGUCGUUGCUGAGUCACGCGACGAAUCUAGCAAACUCCAAUUUCCGUUGCAUUUUGGUUCGGACGCAGAGUUGCCCCCCGACGCGUCCGCCGUGAAAACUAUCAGUCCUCAUAUAGUACCUGGAGAGUUGGCUGCCGAAGCCUCUGAACCACUAUCAUCGUUUCGGCAAGGAACUUUAGGUGCCAGGAGCGGUUUUCUUUCUGAGGCUGUGGAAGAGCCAUCUACAGCGCACGUAGCACCUACAGCACAUCCUGGGGUCGUAGGUGCUGAGGACCAAGCUGUAUUUCACUUGCCUGCUGCUGCGCCAGAGAUCUUGAAAACAGAGAUCAUACAUCCGGAAGAUCUGGAGCGUGACGUCGCAAGGGAAUCGCUGGCUCCCAAAGUACCGUUUAUUUUGCAGAGGACACGGAUUAUCGCAACCACUCCAACACACUUAAUUGAAGUGACCGAAGAAAAUAUUACCCGUGCCAUUUCCAAAGAUCCUGAAGGAUCAUCUGCCAAGAAAAAGGAAGAUACUCAUCCGAAGCCCACAGAAAAGAACAAAGUCACAGAAGAAAUAGACGCCACCAGCGUCAAAGAAUCCUCUGAUGCUGACGCCCCUGACGUAAGAGGUCGUGUCGUCAAACGUAAGCACACCAGGUCCACAGGACGGCUCAGAACAAAGUCGCCUGUCGUGAUGCGUACGCGUAUUUUCGCCGGGGACCUAGCGCACUCUGUGGAGGUGAUCACCGAGAAGUCCGCUUUGUCUGCCAAGGAAGCCAUGGGUAGUACGCUGUCCAUACCAACUGUCACCGGUAAGAAGGAUGAUAGUAAUGCAAACGGUGUUUCGUCCAACCAAACUCUCCAGGGCGUCAGUUCGAAACAGAAAGCUUCAACCAGUAAACGCACCUCAAGCGAUAGUUCGAGCGAGGAGGAAGUGAACCUAGACGCUGGAGAAUUUCUAGGUGCAAAAUCGGAUGUGAUUACGAAGAAGCUAUCGGAUAUCAAGCUUCAAAGGAAAUUAUUAAAAGACGCGUAUGAGAGAGAAACCAACCAGAAGAGCGUCGCAGACAUAAAGCAAAAUAUUGACCGACUUGAUCGUAUAGAAGAUAACUUGAAUAAAGUCCUUCGUUUAGUGACCACAACAGAGCCUGCGGAUCGGGAUGCGUUGGAGGACACGCUGAAAAUCAGCAGCGUGCAGAAAGCCACAGCUCCAGUCGAGGGGCCCAAGCGUACGGAUGAUGUUAACCGGGAAAACAGACUCCAGACUGAACUUGAUACCAUGACGUCACAUAGCACUAUUCGCGUAGAAACUACCAAAGACCCGGGAAAGGAUACGACACGCACAACGCACAAGAUUACUGUGGCAGAUAGAAGAACCCUGUCUGAACCGAGCUUAUCGCUGCAAGACCCCGACCUGCCGUCGUUGGGAAGCUUUCCUGAACAUGCUUUCCUUGUGGAGCCUCCCGUCGCUCCAGAGAGACCUAAAGCAGCAAGUUACCAAAGUGAGACGUCCACGUGGACACAUGUGACAACCCGUGUGCAAGAGCCUGGUGCAAGACUGAAAGAAAAACCAAAAGGAAAUGCGCAGGUCAAACCGGGGAGCGCACGCAAGGAAUGUGCACCAUCGCCCGUCAUAAUGUCGUCCCGACGAGUGUCGCAGUUACCACUGAAAGCGGUGCAAAGAAAAAUCGUGCGUAGAACCAUCACGAGAUCCGUCUCUAAACGAAAGGAAAGUUCGUUUUCGAUAACGUGUUCAGGAUUAGGAGUAGAACGCACAGGCGCUAGUUCGCAAUCAACGUCCACGCAGCAAGUCCUCAACGAACAAGACAUUGAAGACAUUGAGACAGUGUUGUCGCCGUUGGACACUGAGCCGGGAAUACCUCGCAUGUCGAGCGCGGAACAGGCUGCUUCUUCGAAAUGUAAGAAAACUCACCCGGUCGCGAUUCGAGUAACCGACGACUAUGAUGUGGAUCAUGAGAGAUCUGAAGAACCGCUCAACUUAGAGGCACCAGAGGAGCUCCCGCCUAUUUUAAAACCGCCUCACAUGGAACUCUCACCAGAGAAAGAACCAUCGAGUCGGAAGUUGGAUUUUGGAGAUUCCAAUCAAGUUUACGAGGUCCCUUCGGCCAAGGACGAUGAUGUUGACGACGAUGCCGAGAGUCGUCCGCCUCCACUUGGCCGCAUGUUUGGCCGCAAGGAUUCAAUCGCGGUGACAAAGCUUCGAAUGAUGAAAGAACACGCCUUGGAAGACGAAGACGACGAUGCAGAAAGUAAGGAAGACGACGCAGGCGAGCAGGAUGAGGAUACGACGAGGCCCCACCCUACAUUUCAAGCACCAACGGUGAUAACGCUUUCUCCAGAAAUAUCGUUGAAGGAAGUUACAAGUCAACAAGAUUCGCCACAUAAGGACGAUGUCAGCACGAGGAAAGACGCUAAGCGAUAAGAAGGGGAUAUUAAGCACUCCACAAACGGGCGACGCCCGAUGAGGUCUGCCUGGCACGUCUCGCACGAGAAUAAAAUGAUUUAAUUCGCGGCA